AUGUCGGCAUACACCUUCGGAGCUGCGUUGGAGCUUACCAGCUCCCCAAAUCUGACAUCCCCGCCUGCUGUGAAGAAGAAAGAGCCAACAGGACCUCAAUCAGCCAUCGAACUCCAAGAUUACAUCCAGCAAGGGCAGGUUCGGCACUCGCAGCAUUCGAAUGGCAGCACAGCCGCUGCCGCUGCACAUGCGUCUGAGAAAGGACCAACAACAACGACAACAAAGACACCCAAUGAGCUUGAGAUGAGUCGACCGCCAUCGCCGAGUCAAGCCACUGAGAUGGUGCCGAGUUGGGGAUUCCCCUCUAUGAACAAAUAUCGCGUUCUAGCGGCUUGUGCAGUCUACUUUUCUAAUGGCCUGAACGAUGCUUGUAAGUCUCAUGUGUCAAGACCAUCUCGAGGCAAUUGA